GCAGAGUUGUGUGAGUGUAGAGAUAUCGCUGAAGUAAAGAACAGGAAGAGAGCAGCGCCUUCAAACACACUUAUUGGAUCUGCAAACUUCCUCUCCUAUCCUCAACCGAAGGUUCCUCUCAUGGGCACAGCGAAGGUUAAGUCUGGGCCCUUGGCUCGGAGGCCAGACAACUCUGCUUUCAAACAGCAGAGGCUCCCUGCCUGGUCUCCCAUGCUAACAGCUAACACUGUGCUGCCCUUCUUCUAUUUUAUGGCUUUGAUAUGUAUGCUGCUGGGAGUGUGGCUUCUUCUUACUGUGCAGACCAUACAGGAAAUAAAGCUGGACUACACAGAGGUCGGGACAUGUAAUGAAUGCUUUGAAAUGCUUAAAAAUGUGAGCAACGCAGGAAAGAGCUGCCCUUGCAAAGUAGAGUUCGACGUUGACAAAGCCUUCAAGGGAGAUGUCUUUUUCUAUUAUGGCCUCCGAAACUUCCACCAGAACCUCCGAAGAUAUAUGGACUCCAGAGAUGAUGGACAGAUGGUUGGCAGGAUACAAAACUUAAAGAACCCCAGCACAUACUGCAAGCCAUUUAAUAUAGGCAAAGAUGGACUUCCCAUUGCUCCCUGCGGUGCUGUGGCCAACAGUAUCUUCAAUGAUACCUUCAAGUUCACGUACCGUAGUCCCAGCAAUGUGGAAGCUCCGGUCCGUCUGUUACGGAGGGGUAUUACCUGGUACACUGACAAAAACAUCAAGUACCGGAACCCAAAAAUUGACAACUUGACACUGGCUGAGGUGUUUCAAGGCACGACACAGCCACCGUACUGGCAUAAACCUGUGUACGAGCUUGACCCCCUCGAGCCGGACGACAACGGCUUCAUCAAUGAUGACCUGAUCAUUUGGAUGAGGGAGGCAGCCUUCCCCAAUUUCAAAAAGCUCUAUGGGGUUUUAUACAGAGCAGACAACCCAUUCAUUGACGGGCUACCAGAAGGGCGAUACACCAUCGACAUAUCCUACAAUUUCCCUGUGCAGUACUUCCGAGGCAGAAAGGAAGUGGUGCUGACCACGCUGACCUGGUUCGGAGGUCAGAACCAUUUCCUUCCCAUUGCUUACCUAGUAACCAGCAGCCUGCUCCUACUGAUAGCCGUCACCCUCACCACGGUUUGGUGGAAGUUUGGAAAGGAUGGAAAGAAUAUGGAGGAGUGAAGGGUGAGGAAGUGAUACUGAGGAGUGAAAGGGUGGAAAAACUCAAAAGCAGCUGAAAAUUGUGCAGUUUAGGAGAGAUGACAAGAACAUUGAAUGAAGAUGUAAGUAAAUGCAGUAUAAGGAGAAUGGGUUAAAAAUAAUGUUAAUUUGGUAAAUACUGUAAUGCGUCUAAUAACCUGUGUGAUGGCUUUUAGUGUGAUGUUGUUGCCUAGUUGUGUUGGUGCUUAAUGUUCCAUUAUACUUAAUAAAUGUUUGCAUUUUUAAACAUACACCAUUUUGUUUAUAGACAAAAAAUGCCAUUAAUAAUUACUGGUAUCCAGUCACAAUAAUGUUGAGGCUGUUUUUUCGUAUAUGUUUGUAGAAGGUUUCCAAUUACAGCAUUAGCACUGAGAUUAGCAACUGCAGCCAGCACUAGUUCAACAUUGUUCUUACAUGCUUAUACAUGACAAAUAAAGUAGUAGUAUGAAAUAUUCACUAUUUUUUCCCAAGUCUGUCUUAAAUCAGUAGUCAAGUGAACUUGACAUGAUAUGAACAUUGAAACAGGUUUAAUCGUUCCUCCUGUUUAUACUGAACAUUAGAUACCCUCUAAAUGCACUUACAGUUGAGGUGAUGGGAGCCAAACACAGCCAUUGUUAUGAGCAAAAAUGUACUUAAAAGUUUAUUUGAAACUAAUUUAAGGCUGCAGCCAUCCAAAUUAAACAAUUUAUCAAGAGGAUAUCUUCCAACAUUUUGUAAGAAAAAAUACUGUUUCCCUGGACAGUGAGUCCAUGCUGAGCUGCUGCAGAGGAAGAAUAACAAAAACACAGUAACUUUGGAAGAUAUCCACUGGAUUAAGCUAAUUAGAUUGCUGCAGUCUCAUUAAACCUUUGAGUACAGUUUUGUGAGGAAGAAGGAACGAUCAAAGCAAGUAAAAUCUGUUUCAGUGGAUAUAUGAGCACCUCAUAAUUGUUUUAAGACAGACUUGAAAAAUUGUGAACCUGUCUUUUAAGAAUAGAAUAGUGAUGGAUUAUAGCAGAGGAGAGGAUGGUGUUUAGAUCAGUUUCUUUCCUAUCAAGGUAAAAAAAAAAAAAUCAUCUCUACUUUGUUGUAAAUUACUGUAGUUUCUGUGUGAUUGUGAAGUCAAAUGUAAAAAGAUAACACAAGAUGUAAUAGAUACAUAGAGCGCCAUCACUUAUUGUUUUUGUGUUGUGGGUUUACAGUAAAUGUGUUCAUUUGAUGACAGCUGGUGAUUGUAAUAAAGCAUUUUCUUUUAAAAAUU